UCCUUGGCCAGAAAGUCGUGCAAAUUUUGCUGAGUGAUAUUGAGGAAUUUCUUCCUGCUUAUGUGGAUUCCUUGCAGUAUUUUUUAAAAGCGACAUAAUAACAUGUAUCAGCAGAUUCUUUGUAAUCGGUUACGUGGCCAGCUGCCUGGCCUGAUUCGAACUAAAUCCAUUAAUUUGGCGAUACUCAGUAAAGCGUAUGCAAUUUCUGCUACCGACUUUUGUAAACAGUGUUUAUGUAAUCGUGUUCUGUUUCAUAAUCGUCAACAAAGCAAUCAACAGAAAUCAUGUCGAAGAAAAUUCACAGCAGCCUUUCCAUUGAAUUUUGUGCAAGAGACACGUGCAUGCAGAAGAAUGUUCUUCCGGUCAGGUUUCAGGAGUGUUGAAGAUGUAAUGAAACUUAUCAGUGGUAUCCAGAACUUCAGUACAUCAUCGCCAUCGAUGCAGAAUCAGAGACGGGAGAAUGAGAGAGAGGACCCCAAAGAGGAGGAAGAAGAAGAUCCUGCAAAACGAGGAAAUGAAGGCGAUAAUGUUAGAGUAUUGUUUUUAUUAAUGCUGUUUCUGUUCAUUCUAAAUAUUGUCAGUGGAUCCGAUGAAGCAGAGAAUAUAUCAUGGCAAACAUUUGUCAAUGAAAUGUUGGCUAAAGGGGAGGUAUCCCAUGUAUCAAUCACUCAUUACAAGACAGAGAAUGGUAGUCCUAGUGUCAACUCUGACAUAGUCAAUGUCUAUUUACAUAGAGGUGCUAUGGUGUUUGGUAAAGAGAUGCUACGACAAGGAGGUCAUUAUAGAAUGAGAGUGGGUAAUAUUGAGAAAUUUGAAGAAAAGUUGAGAAGAGCUGAAGAUGAACUUGGCAUUGAUCACAGUGACCGGAUUCAGGUACAGCAUCGUCAUCAGAGUGAAGGAUGGAGUAGUAUUAUCAUUACACUCGUUGUCAUAGGUUUUCUGAUCUAUAUGGUUAGUUCUGCGUUCAAAGGAAGUGGUCUUAAUACGUUCUCACAGUUCACCAAGGCCAGGUUUACGCUGGUUGAAGAAGGUGGCAACAGAGGUGUUAGUUUUAAAGAUGUUGCUGGAUUGAAAGAAGCCAAAAUAGAACUUAUGGAGUUUGUAGACUAUCUGAAGCAUCCACAGAAAUUCCAAGAACUUGGAGCACAGGUCCCUAGAGGUGCUUUAAUGCUUGGACCACCUGGCUGUGGAAAGACGUUAUUGGGUAAAGCUGUAGCAACUGAAGCCAAUGUACCAUUUCUAGCGAUGGCUGGUUCGGAAUUUGUUGAAAUGAUUGGAGGUCUUGGAGCAGCGAGAGUCAGAGAUUUAUUUAAAGAAGCCAGGAAAAGAGCUCCAUGUAUUGUGUAUAUUGAUGAAAUUGAUGCUAUUGGAAGGAAAAGAUCCGAACAAUCAUUUGGUGGCAGUGGAGAAGAAGAGCAGACGUUAAAUCAGUUACUUGUUGAGAUGGACGGUAUGGGGACUCAUAAAGGCGUUAUUAUGUUAGCAUCUACAAAUAGAGCUGAUGUAUUAGACAAGGCAUUAUUAAGACCUGGCAGAUUUGAUAGACACAUAUUUAUUGGAAUGCCAACAUUGGAAGAAAGAAGGGAAAUAUUUGAAGAGCAUAUGAAACCUAUAACAUUGGAAAAGGAUUCCACUCAUUACUCUCAAAGACUAGCACAACUCACACCAGGCAUGAGUGGUGCUGAUAUUGCUAACAUCUGUAACGAGGCGGCCUUACAUGCGGCAAGAGAAGCACAGAAGCAUGUGACUGGCAACGACUUUGAAUAUGCAGUAGAGAGACUAACUGCAGGGACUGCUAAGAAAUCCCAUGUGAUGUCAAAGCAGGAGAGAGAGGUGGUAGCUUAUCAUGAAUCGGGUCAUGCGUUGACUGGCUGGUUGCUGGAACACACAGAUGUCCUUAUGAAAGUCUCCAUAAUACCAAGAACUAACAAAGCAUUAGGAUUUGCACAGUAUCUACCAUCGGAUCAGAAGCUCUAUACUACUGAACAGUUAUUUGACAGGAUGUGUAUGGCAUUGGGUGGUAGAGCCGCUGAGGCUGUUACAUUUAACAAGAUUACAACAGGUGCCCAGGAUGAUUUGAAAAGAGUGACUCAGAUGGCAUAUGCCCAGAUACAAAGUUAUGGAAUGAGUGAAAAAAUAGGACAGAUAUCAUUCCCAGAUAAGGAUACAAAAGCACUUGGGCAGAAACCGUUCAGUCAGGCUUUAUCACAGCUUAUAGAUGAGGAGGCGAGGCAGCUAGUAGCUAAAGCUUAUCUGCAUACUGACAAACUACUGAGAAAUAACAGUCAGAAAUUAAAAUUGCUUGCAACCACUCUUUUGAAGAAAGAAGUACUGAACUACAGUGAUAUUGUUGAUUUGCUUGGAGCGCCCCCAUAUGGUGAGAAGAAGAAAUUAGAAGUGCCAGAUUGGGACUGGAAUGUUGAAGAUGAUAGCGGGGCAGAAGACAGUCCUGACAAAAAGUCUUCUAAAUAAAGACAGCAAGGAACAGAAUGUUGAACCUACUUUUAUAAUGAUAUAUGUAUAUGAGUAAAUUUACAUUGUUUGUGUGUGUGAAAAACAAUAAACCAGAGUAAAUGGCAAAAUUCAAAGAAUGUAUUAUUGAGUAGAAAACAAUAUAUUUUCUUAAAGCUUGGAAUUAUUAGAGUUGACUUACAAUGUGAUGCGUAACUUUAUAGAUUCCAUGAUGAUGUUGUACUGCAUGGAUGGAAUACAUACAUUUAG